UAAAACACCAAACGAAGAAGAAGAAUUCGAGCGGGAGGGAUAACAUCAACAAGUUGCAGGAGUUUUUUACUAUUAUUAUUUUUGUGAAAUUAGUAAGAAUGAAUCCUCUCUUUAUUUUGAUCUUGUUGUUUUCGUGUUUACGUGUGAAUGGUGUGUCUGAAGUGUCAGUGUCAGUGCUGGAGGGAGAUUCAGUCACUCUACACACUGGUGUUCAAACAAACCAGAAAGAUGACAUUAGAUGGUAUUUUAAUAACAUUCGCAUCGCUCGAAUCAAUGGAGAUCUCAAUAAGUCCUGUACAGAUGUUCAGUGUAAUAAAGGCACUGAGAGUUUCAGAGACAGACUGAAGCUGGAUCAUCAGACUGGAUCUCUGACCAUCACAAACACCACAAACAAACUAUCUGGAGAAUAUAAACUGCAGAUCAUCAGCAGCAACAUCAGAGAAAAUAUCUUCAAUGUUACUGUUUAUGAUGUUCCUGGUGCAGAGACAAAGACCAAGUCAGUGAAGUCAGGAAAAUCUGUCACUUUAGAUCCUGGUGUAAUAAAACACCCAAAUGAUGUGAUGAUGUGGUAUUAUAAUGAUACUCGUUUAGCUGAAAUCACUGGAGAUCAGAGUCAGAUCUGUACCGAUGAACAGUGUAAAGAGAGAUUCAGAGACAGACUGAAGCUGGAUCAUCAGACUGGAUCUCUGACCAUCAUGAACACCACAAACACAGACACAGGAGAAUAUAAACUACAGAUCAACAGCAGCAACGACGUUCCCCGUCGCCAACCCCGCAUUAGCAGCAUCAGGAGAUUCAGUGUUACUGUAACUGACUCAGGUCUGUCUUCGGGAGCAAUAACAGGAAUAGUUGUUGGUGUUGUUCUGCUGGUUUCUGCUGCUGUAAUUGCUGCUCUGAUUUACCGUCGCAGAAACAGACAUGCACCAGUACCACCUAAUAGAAAUCAAGAGCUACAGAUGAAUUGAAAUCUGCAACAUCAGAGAGUUAAAGAAAUGGACACGUGACCCCACAGACUUCAACAGAGAGAAUCGAAGCCCAAUAGAAGCUGAGCGACUGCGCAGGCUCGAACUGAGCUUGACGGCGGAGAUGUGACGUGAGCAACCGUUCUGAAAGUUGUACGUCUUCUAGUAGCUGUGCCAAGACCAAUCUGAAUUGAAAUAUUUUGUCCCGUUGCCUUUAAUGGACACUCUAUCUAUGGGAUUCUUCCUUGACUUUAUGCCUCCUGACAAAGAUUGAGAUGAGCUUCUCCUCCUGUCUAUACGGUAACUUCUCUACUGUGCAAUGGAGAGUUGCGUGUUAUGACGCAAUCGUUUGUCUAUUUUUACAAAAACAGCUUCUUUGGGACCGUAACUUAAGAUACAAAGUAAUGGAGCCUUUCAUACACUGGACAAAUGGAGUCUUUGGACGCCUCAGAUCACUGUCAGAGUUAAUAACUUUAUUUUCAUACUGACCGUAAAAUGAUGCCAAAAGUUUGUCAAGUUAAAAUUACCGUGCCACAUUCUGAUGCUAAUAAGGGUCAACAUACGUGUUGCUAGUGUUGUACCAGUUAAAGUGCCUUUCUCAGAAUAUUCACCUGCAAGUGAUGAUAUGGAAAUCAAUAGUGCCUUUUUCUUGUCUGCUCGUUGACCAAAUUCUGGUAAACUUUGUUGAACUUAUCGAAAAAAUUGUCACACUUAUCUGCCCAGGCUGAUAUUACUAAUCAAUGUUUUUCAUGUUUCAUUUUUGAGGUCUACACUGGUUCGAGUUCACAGUCUGUUACUGUUUACACUGACCAUACCCUCUUAUAUUUUCAGCGCAUGUCAAAUGCUAAUCAUCGUCUAAUGAGAUGCUCACUAAUCUGUUAGAACUUAAAGAUGAUGAAAGGGAUCAUAAAAAAUUGUAUUGACUAUAUUCAUUUCUCUAAAUCCACGGCUUUGUGUAAACGUGGCGUCAAUGUGCUGUGUCAAUCAACAAAACUGUGUGUUUUAUUUUGUGGGUGGGGAUGUUAUGAGUCAUUUGCUCAUUGGCUGCAUUUACACUGCAGGUCUUGAUGCCUUGAAUCCAUUUUUUUUGACUAUAUUUUGACAAAGUGCGAAUAAAAUUAUCCAGUGUUUUGCUUUCCACAAUAUUUUGAAAAGUCGUCAAAAUAAAAGUCUCGUACAGUCGAGAAAAAAAGAGUAGAGCCCUUGUUGGCACUGUAGCUACGAGCGCUUAAAACCGUGUCUCCCCAUAUCUCGUGAAAUGUCUUCAAAUACGGAUUUAUUUUUGUAACAACCCUGCAUUUUUGUCUGCACUCUUCGCCCCAAACACUUAAGAGACAUGAAACCUCCACAUUGCUCCACUGUGUGUAUCCUUCG